UGGACACGCCCUCGUGGCGAGGCCGGGCUGCCCUGAGGGAGGAAGCGCCAGAGCGGCGGCCGGUCCUGCCUGGAGCCCGGCGCCCCUCCAGCCCGAGCCAGGACGCCGCCGGCCCCGGUCCCGGCCCCGGGCACGCAGCGAGCCAGGGAUGUGAGCGGCUCCCCGCGGCAUGGCAGCCUCAGGGGUGCCCAGAGGAUGCGACAUCCUCAUCGUCUACAGCCCGGAUGCCGAGGAAUGGUGCCAGUACCUGCAGACCCUGUUCCUGUCCAGUCGGCAGGUCCGCAGCCAGAAGAUACUGACUCACAGGCUGGGCCCCGAGGCCUCCUUCUCGGCAGAGGACCUAAGCCUUUUCCUCAGCACCCGCUGUGUCGUGGUGCUGCUGUCCGCGGAGCUGGUGCAGCACUUCCACAAGCCCGCCUUGCUGCCCCUGCUGCAGAGAGCUUUCCAUCCUCCGCACCGCGUGGUCAGGCUGCUCUGCGGCGUGCGGGACAGCGAGGAGUUCCUAGACUUCUUUCCAGAUUGGGCCCAUUGGCAGGAGCUCACCUGUGACGAUGAGCCAGAGACCUACGUGGCAGCUGUGAAAAAAGCCAUUUCCGAAGAUUCUGGCUGUGACUCAGUCACUGACACUGAGCCUGAGGACGAGAAGGUUGUUUCCUACUCGAAGCAGCAGAACCUGCCGACGGUGACUUCACCUGGGAACCUGAUGGUGGUGCAGCCGGACCGCAUUCGCUGUGGGGCAGAAACCACUGUCUAUGUUAUUGUGAGAUGUAAGUUGGAUGACAGGGUGGCGACAGAAGCAGAGUUUUCUCCUGAGGAUUCUCCCUCUGUAAGGAUGGAAGCCAAGCUGGAGAAUGAGUACACCAUUUCCGUGAAGGCUCCCAACCUUUCAUCUGGGAACGUUUCUCUGAAGAUAUAUUCUGGAGACUUAGUGGUGUGUGAAACCGUUAUCAGCUAUUAUACUGACAUGGAAGAAAUUGGGAAUUUAUUGUCCAAUGCCGCGAAUCCUGUGGAAUUCAUGUGUCAGGCCUUUAAAAUUGUGCCCUACAACACAGAGACCCUUGAUAAACUGCUAACCGAAUCCCUGAAGAACAAUAUCCCUGCAAGCGGACUGCACCUCUUUGGAAUCAACCAGCUGGAAGAAGAAGAUAUGAUGACAAAUCAGAGGGAUGAAGAGCUGCCCACCCUGUUGCAUUUUGCUGCGAAGUAUGGACUGAAGAACCUCACUGCCUUGUUGCUCACCUGCCCAGGAGCCCUGCAGGCGUACAGCGUGGCCAACAAGCAUGGCCACUACCCCAACACCAUCGCUGAGAAACACGGCUUCAGGGACCUGCGGCAGUUCAUCGACGAGUAUGUGGAAACAGUGGACAUGCUCAAGAGUCACAUUAAAGAGGAACUGAUGCACGGGGAGGAGGCUGAUGCUGUGUACGAGUCCAUGGCCCACCUUUCCACAGACCUGCUUAUGAAAUGCUCGCUCAACCCCGGCUGUGACGAGGAUCUCUAUGAGUCCAUGGCUGCCUUUGUCCCAGCUGCCACUGAAGACCUCUAUGUUGAAAUGCUUCAGGCCAGUACAUCUAACCCAAUCCCUGGAGAUGGUUUCUCUCGGGCCACUAAGGACUCUAUGAUCCGCAAGUUUUUAGAAGGCAACAGCAUGGGAAUGACCAAUCUGGAGAGAGAUCAGUGCCAUCUUGGUCAGGAAGAAGAUGUUUAUCACACGGUGGAUGACGAUGAGGCCUUUUCUGUGGACCUGGCCAGCAGGCCCCCUGUCCCAGUGCCCAGACCAGAGACCACUGCUCCUGGUGCUCACCAGCUGCCUGACAACGAACCAUACAUUUUUAAAGUUUUUGCAGAAAAAAGUCAAGAGCGGCCUGGGAAUUUCUACGUUUCCUCAGAGAGCAUCAGGAAAGGGCCGCCCGUCAGACCAUGGAGGGACAGGCCCCAGUCGAGUAUAUAUGACCCUUUUGCGGGAAUGAAAACGCCAGGCCAGCGGCAGCUUAUCACCCUCCAGGAGCAGGUGAAGCUGGGCAUUGUCAACGUGGAUGAGGCUGUGCUCCACUUCAAAGAGUGGCAGCUCAACCAGAAGAAACGAUCGGAGUCCUUUCGUUUCCAGCAGGAAAAUCUUAAACGGCUAAGAGACAGCAUCACCCGAAGACAGAGAGAGAAGCAAAAAUCAGGAAAGCAGACAGACUUGGAGAUCACGGUCCCAAUUCGGCACUCACAGCACCUGCCUGCAAAAGUGGAGUUUGGAGUCUAUGAGAGUGGCCCCAGGAAAAGUGUCAUUCCCCCCAGGACGGAGCUGAGACGAGGAGAUUGGAAAACAGACAGCACCUCCAGCACAGCAAGUAGCACGAGUAACCGCUCCAGCACCCGGAGCCUCCUCAGUGUGAGCAGCGGGAUGGAAGGGGACAACGAGGAUAAUGAAGUCCCUGAGGUUACCAGAAGUCGCAGUCCAGGCCCCCCACAAGUGGAUGGGACACCCACCAUGUCCCUCGAGAGACCCCCCAGGGUGCCUCCGAGAGCUGCCUCACAGAGGCCUCCGACCAGGGAGACCUUCCAUCCUCCUCCACCUGUUCCACCCAGAGGACGCUGAUUCCACCUCCUAAAACCUGCCUACUUCAGGACUUUAAGACUCACAGUCUUCAGCCUGUUAAUGAUGUCUUCAUGUUGAGUUUUAUAGCAUGACUGUUGACCUUAAGAUCCAUUCUCAUUGCUGAUAAUGCUGCAGCCCUGCUGGUUUGGGCUUGCCUCGAAGAUUUUAUUAAGGCACGAAGAAGUGAAAAACUAAGGGCUUCAUUCACCAUCACCAAGUAUAUCAAACCAUAUACUUAUUUGCCAAAAGGAUGAAGACUUAAUCGAAAUACUUACCUCUAAUUUGCCAUAUCAGAAGCCUAAAAAGAAUGAUCAUAAAUGUACUUCACCAGUGAUUUUACUGAAAUGCACUUAUAUUAGUCUUUAUGUAUUUGCUAGUUCAGCCUCAUUUCUAGAAGAGGUUAUAGUGUAAGACUUGUAGUAUUCAAGUAAGAAGAUAAGUGACCUAAUUUUAAAAUAAUUCUUCUACUUUUCUGUAUAUUCAGCAGGGUAUUUAAUUGCUAGGGCUGGUCACACACAACAAACUGAAAAAGACUAGAGGGAUUAGUACAAACUCCUCUUAUACAGAAGGCAAAUCUGAGGUUCCACAGAAGUCUGGAACCAAGACUAUUCAGUUGGUUAAAUAAAGAGGUUAGUCUAGACUGGGCCUGCUCAUUCUAGGUCACCACAUUUUCCAUCUCCAAAUAGCCAGGCCCUCUCUCCCUCAAGAAAUGCCCAGAUGUAGAAAUUCAUCAGUGCCUAUUGGUCUUCCAGAAUUUUCCAUCUUCCGUAUCUCCCAGGCAUGAGACUACCAAGUUUGUUUGUUUUCUUUCCAAUUUGGGAAUUUAUACUUCAGUAUGGUUUCAAUGCAGUUAUGUUUCCAGAGAACAUCUAGAAGUGGUUGGAAACCAGAAGCUGGGGAUUCCAGGGACCCCACUUAGUGCUCUAGUUCCUGUAUAGGUUUUAUUUCUGGUCAUAGAGAAAGGAGGACCUUUGACUUUUUCUUUGUUGAGGGUUCUGAGGAGGAAAAACAAACCUAAAAUAGAAAUACAGUCAGCCUUUCAAAUCCAUGGGUUCUGUGUCCGUGGAUUCAACCAACCUUGGAUCAAAAAUAUUUGAAAAAAAAUCUACAAAGUUUCAAAAAGCAAAACUUGAAUUUGCUGCAUGCCAAGAACUAUGUUGAAUUCAUGUAAAUGAGGUGAUGUGUAGGCAUUGUAUUAGAUAUUAUAAGAAAUCUAGAAAUGAUUUAAGGCAUACAGGAGGAUGUGCAUAGGUUAUAUGCAAAUACUAUGCCAUUUUAUAUAUGGGACUUGAGCAUUUGUGGAUUUUGAUAUUGGGGGAUCCUGGAACCAAUCCCCUAUGGAUACUAAAGUACGACUGUAGUUAUCUAUUUUUUACAUACUUAUUAUUACCACCAUGCUCAGUAAGUCCAUUUUUGCAUGGAAUAUGGAGCCUUAAAACAUGUCAUGAAUUUGGAGUCCCUGGCACAUAAAUCUACCUUCAAAUCAGAGGUCCUUAAUGAUGCCUAAACAUACAGUAAAAUUAGAAUCAGAACUAUUUCUUUAAAAAAUAUUCGAAAUGUGUUUGUUUCCCAUGGGAUUAUUCUCUAUCCCACAUGAAUGUAAAAAAAUCCACAUUAAUGAUCCAUUUAAGUACAGUUUUAUUGGGUCCUUUUCUAAUGAUUAAAGGUUCUUUCUCAAUUUCAUUCCUCAGUCCUGCAAAUAAGGACUCAUACUGAAGAGUACUGAAACAAGGACUUCUUGUCAGAAACAGCUUCUGGAAUCUUGGGUUUUGUUUUUGUUUUUUGACAAAAUACACUAUUGGCCAUGUCCAUCAUGAGAGUGUUUGUAGUAAUUAAUUACCUUGUACAGGACCUGGCACUUAGUAGCAUUCUUCAAAUGUUCCCUCAGUGAUCCUUUUACUCUCCUUGUCACUUAUUUGGGAGAAAUAGGGGCACGUGAGAUAAGAAGAAGAAGAAUUUUGAUGUUGGUAUGCUUGCCCUGUUACUUAUAGACAGUCUUCAUCAUAGGCAAACUUGAAUUUGAUUUAAAAUAGGGCUGGGAAAAAUAUUCAAUAACCGUAAGCCCCCUUUUGGAUGCCAAACUUAGAAUUUUGUACAUUCUCUGAUGAACAAGCAUUUAGAUCGUAACAUGGUAAAGCCUAUUACCAGCCAAUGUUGUUAGCAUCUUUGUAUGCACAUCACUGUUUGUGCAAUAUAUGAAUAUUUUGUUGCAUUGUAUUCUUAUAUAAAAAUAAGUAGAAAACAUAAAAUUGAAAUUGCUGAUGAGAAGCCUUGUCUCAUGAAUGUGAUACACUUGAGACACGGAUGGAACUGAUCAGGAGUGCCAAGUCAAAAGCAGCAGAUCUUAAGCCCUCACUGGUUGUUCCUUUAACAUCCAAAAUGGUUGGUUAUAUGUAAAAGAAGAAAAUGAAAUAAUUUGGAUGAAACACUGGGACUGUGUUAUCAAAUAAUGUCUGUAGUGAUGAGGUGAAAAUUUUCAUUUUCCAGGAACAGAACUGCUCAUUUAUAACAUAAAUAUAUUCAACUUCCACAUACUCAA